UCGCUGUGAGCGCGACAGUCUCGCCUCGCGCUCCCCUAGGUCGGACGUGCGUCGCUCGCUCGUCGCGCUCGAAUCUACUCUCCGAAAAACUUUAUCCACUAAAGAUCCUGCUCUGAAACUUAUUUCUUAGCAAUAACCAACCAUGAUCCUUAAUUUUCGAGUGAAAGGAACAUUAAAAUAAACUUUCCGGCAUCUUUAAAGACAUUUAUUGUGAAAUUUGUGAUUUUGUUUUAUCUUGAUUGAACGAUAGAGCACGUGAAGGUCUAACUAAAACAAGAGUGAUAUUGUUUAUUGUUUGAAAACAAAAGACACAUUCCGUUGGAGUAGCAGAGUUUGAAUUUUCUGUUGUUUUACUUGUUUCACGAGGACGCAUACCAACCGGUAGUGUGUGGAAAAGAGACAAGAUGAAGGGCCGUACAGGUGUGGCGGCUUUAGCGGUGUUGCUGGCAACUAUAACAGGAUGUUCUUCACAGACCCUGCGCAUCUACCCUAUGCAGAAGCAGCAAACAGUAGCUGUGGGCAAGUCCGUGGUGCUGACGUGCCAAGCGGACGCCCAGGACCCUGGCCUCGUCACGCCGCCACAGUGGAAGGAUCCCAAAGGACUGGUCAUCAAUGAGGCUGCCGCUGGCACACGUCCAGAAAUCUACACGGAGACGCAAGCAGCUAAGCAGUCGCAGUUGCUAUACAUCUCAUCCAUCACUCCCGCUAUGGCCGGGAACUAUACCUGUGUGUCUACAUACGCCAAUACACCACUCAGUGACAGCGUCGUACUUGAAACUAUUGUUGCGAUCACUUGGACAAACGCCAAUGAAAACCAAUACGCUACGAAAGGCAAGGAUUUCAAGGUUAUGUGUGAAGUGACUGCGGAGCCUGCUCCUUCGGUCGAUUGGUUCAAAGAGGGAACACCUAUUAUGACUGGAGACCGAUAUGUAAUUCAUGCCAAUGGAUUGAUGAUCAAAAAUGUUGAAGAGAGCGACGAUGGCACUUAUACAUGCAGAGCUGUUGUUAUCCAAACUGGCGAACUUGCUGAGAGAAACAUCAAAGUUGAGGUUUACACCGCACCAGAAAUGGAGGAACGUGAUCUAAGAGUUGAGAUUAAAGAAGGAGAAUCAGCCGCUAUCACCUGCAAAGCAAGGGGAAAGCCGCCUCCGAAAUAUUCUUGGAUUAAAGCCUCUACUCGCGAAAACUUGGCAAGCACCUCACGAUUCAGUGUAAACGAAAUAACUGGACUGUUACGAAUCGAUCGCGUAGAAGCUGGUGACUAUGGUAAAUAUAUUUGUAGUGCCUCUAACCAAGCUGGCCAGAACGAAACCGAAAUAGAAAUCGAAGUGUUGGUCAAACCAAGAAUAUUCGAACUGUACAAUACCACUGCUGAUCAGAAUCAGGAAGGAAAACUAGAAUGCAAAGCUACCGGAAGACCGGCGCCAAGAAUUAGUUUUAGGAAGCGCAGCAAUCAAGAACCCUUUGUCAAUGGACCUAACGAAAAUGGAAGGAUCACAAUUGAAACAACAAGUCAUCAGACGGGAGAUCAAAUGCAAUCAAGUGCCAUCAUGACCAUCGUGAAAGUCAAUAGAAGUGAUGAUGGCCUUUAUGAAUGUGUUGCCGAAAAUGACGGUGGGGAAGCAAGAAAGAAUGGCCACUUGACGGUACAUUUCAAACCAUCUUUCGAACAUAUGACGAACGUUCCUAUUUGGAGUUGGAAUGGACAACCCGUUAACAUCAGUUGCAUUGCCGAAAGUAUACCAAAUGCUACCAUUAAAUGGAAGUUCCAUGAGUACGACUUGGUAGAGUCUCCACAUGUCAGAAUCUAUGGAUCUGGACCCAUCAGCUAUGUAACUGUUACUCCUAUCGAUAGGGCGUUGUAUGGAAUUUACAAAUGCAUUGCGACGAACAAACUUGGUGAAGAUGAACAUAUUAUCCAAUUGAGAGAAGCUUUCCCACCAGCGGCUGUUGUACAAGCUCGCCAGGAAACAAUCACAGCAACGUCAGUAUCUUUCAACAUUGUUGGACCAGCAGAAGACAUGGGCCCACCAAUUCUAGCGUACACAUCACAAUACAAGGAGAAUGGCAAUUUUGAUUGGAAUCUCGCCCAAAAUAGGACAUGGUCCGUCAAUUCUCCUUACAUUGUUGAGAACUUGAAGCCUAUGUACACAUACGACUUUAGGUUUGCUGCCGUCAACCAAGUGGGCGCUGGACCCUGGGGAUCUCCAUUGACUGUUAUUAUGCCUAGAAGAUCGCCGCCAGAAUUACCAAAAUGGAGAGAUGACAAACUAAGUUCGGAGUCUCUAAUUCAUGGAAAGUACGCUGACAGAUAUGAACUCCAGUGGAGGGUCCCUGCUCAUAAUGGUGAACCUAUCGAUAUGUACGAAAUCAGUCAUUGUCCUGUACUGAAAGUGAGCGGAGAAUGGCGGAUCGCCGCGGAAUCCCAGUGCGUUGUCGAGGAAUUGAAAUUUGAAGCUAUUGCGUAUGAAGUGCGAGGACUGCAGCCAGAUACCCGCUACCGCAUGCAAGUCCGCGCCCACAACGUGCUGGGCUACUCUCUACCUGCCCAGCUAUACAUUCAGACCGCCCUCGGUGUGGGACGAUCAGAUUUCGCUCCACCGCAACUUCUAUCGAGCGGUGCCAUAAUCGGAGUGGCACUAGCGGGAGUCUUCAUCUGCCUCAUUGUCGUGGAUCUACUGCUGUUUUGCUUUAGACGACAAGGCGUUAUCGCGACGCUUUGCGGCAGACGUACAAAGAAACACAGCGACGAUGAAGCCAAACUUGGAAGGGAUGAAAAGGAACCUCUCAAGGAUACUGGAGACGAUGCAUUGAAGAGAAACUCGUCAAUCGAAUUCGACGGGCGACGGGUUUACGCUACCAGCGGGGGACCAAUAAUUGGAAAGAAUUCGGCUGUCUAAACUAAAUAACAAAACACUUUUUAAAAGACUAAUCUCUAUGAAGAAUAUUUAAUCACAUUACUGGAUGUUAAGCGAUAUAAAGCUUGUGUAUUUGUGAUGCGCGACCAGUAUUCGAAACUGCCAAAAGACGAAUUGUUACUCUUAUUGUUAAGUGUGUAACCAGCUUUACUGUCUGUUCUAAGACUUAUUUUCCAUCUGUGUAAUGACUGUUCUAUUAUUAUAAUCACAUUAUUAUUUGUCUAUAAUUGUGUAAGCUUGAUGUUUAAUGGAUGUUCCACUGUUGCUUUUUGAGGUACGACAUGUGCCUUUUAGCGUUUGAGAGAUGACUUUUUAUCAACUGAAAUAUGUUUGUGCAUUUGUUGCUUCUGAUAGACGAUCUUUGUAUCUCCAUACCUUCUAGUAAUUUGGAAUGCUGUAGUAAGUUUCAUUCUAGGUUUCCCAUGUUUAGCAAUUUCGUAACUCCCAGUACCACCUCUAAUAUAGUUCUCUCAUGUUCAGUUGAUAAAAAUCAAUCCUUAUUUACUAUUUUCUCUAUUUCAUAAAUGAGGGUAUUAUAACGUAGGUUUAGUGUAUAUAGGUACGUAUGUUCUUUAGGUCUUCGAUGAAGUCACAAAUAUUUCCUUAUCAAUACAUCACUAUGUACUUGCUUAGGUUUGAUUAUUAUCUUUGUAUGCAUCACUGUUUAGCCUACCCUCAAUAUAAUAAUGCAAUAAUAUACUUACUUUUGAGUCCACUAGUUCGUUUAUUUCGUACAUAUAGGUACAUAGUUUAAUAUAAUACAUUAUAGAGUUAUAUCGAUAAUGCCGAAUUGAAGUCAUAGUGUUUUGUUACUUCCACCAAGUUCAUUUAAUAUACAUAUUUUUAUAUCUAGUUAGUAAGCGAAUUCAGCCACAACCAACCUACUGUGAGAUUUUGUACAUAUUAUUUAAGGCGCCUUGUAAAUAUUAUAUGUAACUCCUCUUUUAGAUACGAAAAACAAUGUUAUUUAGUGGAGCAAUUUAAAAUUUUGACCAGUAGUAGGUUUCUUAUCUAAAACACACAAUGCCUGAACAAACAUUGCUCUAUUAGAUGAUAUUGACGCUUAGUUAGUACUUAAACAAAAUAAUUUGCUAUUUUAGUCAAUAAGAACUAUGAAAAGUUUUACAAAAAUAAUAUCACUCUAAAGAAAAAAUAUUGGGGUACACUGUAUAUUGUCCUCCUUAAAAUUCUUUUAUAUGGAAUAUAAUCCGAAUAUUAUAUCAUAUUUAUGAAUUCUAGGAAUUUUACAUUUAAGUUCUGAGGUUAGGCUAAAAAUUUGAAUUCUUCGUUUUAAUUUAAAUAUAGAAAACACGAAGGCUCUCAUUCCUCUCAUGCCUCAUAAUGAAAUGCCUCAAAGACGCUGUCUAUAAAUGGCGCAGAAUAGAAAAAUAUUUAAAAAUAUUUAGAUCGAACAAACUGCAUAUUAAAACUAUUUGUAUCAAAUAAGUAAAAUCUUAUUUCAUAUAUGGGUUUAUUGUUCAUUUUAAAUUAGAUUUUUAAUUUAUUUUAGGUCAACGAGUUUUUGUUAGUGCCUAUUUCUAAGGAAGCGAAUGAUGAAAGUACCUAUGUUGAAAUAGGUUUAAUAGAUGCUGUAUUUUAUUAAGCCAACGGAAAAAUCGGCGAUGAUAAUUAAUUAUUUUUUUACAAAUAAUAUGUAAACCGUAAAUGUUUACUUAGAAAAAUCAACUGAUGAUACUUAAUUUCGGUACGGUAAUUUAUAUAGAGUCGCCAAUGUUGCUCAAGCAAGAUCCAACUGAAAUAUUUAGAUAUAUAAAUCACAGUUUAUACGUUAAUGUAAGUUUGUACGUCUGCCUAUCAGCUUGUCUCAUACGAAGCGGAGUCAUGACCGAUAUCAUGAUCGGAAAGCGCAUUUUAUAAAAAAUAAAUGUGAUAAAAAAGUUGA